UCGGAAAAGACGUCGAACAUUUAUGCUUUGUGCUUUGUGCGGCUUAUCCCUUUCGUCUAAUGGGCAUACAAUCCUUAAGAUAGAUAUUUGGUAUUGGAAUAUCAUAAUUGCAAGCGCUGAAAUAUCCCACUUCGAUAAAAAAAGUGAACAGUAUAUCUAGAUCCAUUUCGGUGAUAUGAUUUGACCACACAGCAGGAAACCCCAAGUCAAGCCAAAUCCAAAGGCCAGACAUCGUAUACAUAUUACAGGCAUAUCAUCAAAGUCAUCAUACGUUGCCAACCAUGGAACCACAUGACAACACUCCUGUUCCUAAUACUAAAUUUAUCACUGAAGAUACAAAAGAACUAGUGAGGGAUGAUGACAAACGGGUUACUUUUGAAGGUGAAUCAGGUUCAGGUACAUCUGAAGACAUUAAUGCUGAUAAUACUGAUACUGUUAAUGCUGAUAAUACUGAAGAUACUCCCAGUGAUGACAUUGAUAGUGUUUCUAAAAGCAUCACAACUGAAGACAAUGAAGUGUCAAAAUAUAAAGAUCAAGUUGCAAAUAUUGAAUCUACAAAUACUGUAUCUGAGAAAGCCAAUGAUACAGAUAUGACUGAGCUUAAAAACUUGGUUGAGACAGAUAUGAGUACAAACCCAGUACUCUCACCAGCUAAAACUACCCAGAAAGAAGAUGAAACAAUAUGUAAAGAAACUGAAAAGACAGAUGUAACUUCAGAUAAUGUUGACAUUAUUUCUCCUGUAACUGGAAAAAUUCCAGCCACUGAUGAUAGGCAAAAAAGUCCAGUUGUAGUCCUUUCUAAAAUAGACUUCCCAAAGUCAUUGUCAGGAAACCUUGAAAAGACUGUGACAAGCCAAACUGCUACUUACACACAAGAUGAAGACAGUCAAAUGAGUACUAGUAAACCAGAGGAAAAAAAUGAUGAAAACAAAACCAACAUAAACUCUGACGGUUUGGUCUACAUGGAAGAAGAUAGUCGACUCAGUAGGGAUGAAGAAUCUGUAAAAAUUCCUGGAGCUUUCCCCUUGGAGGAGGACAGUCAAAUGAGUCUGGCAGAGUCAUGUGUGAGCAGAGAUGAGACGGUAGUCGGCACAGAGGCAGAAGAUAAUAAUGAUCAAGAGGGAAAGGAGAAAAAACCCAAGAAGAAGAGUGCGAAAAAAAGAAGAAGCAGUGUGUCUCUUAUUGAAGAUAAUGCACAUAUAACCAAAGGUUUCAAUGCUGAUGACCUGUUUGAGUACCAGUGGCCCCAGGACAAGACAGGGGAGUGGUACAUGCUGCAGGAACAGGUCAGCGAAUACUUGGAGGUCCUCUCAUUCAAAAGGAAGUAUCCAGAUUUGACCAGAAGACCCUUGGAAUAUCUGGAAAGGAUUUAUCUCAAGGAGAAUGGAGUGGUCACAGAGCAGCAGUGCGACCUGGGCCUGUCGCCCCUGAAGAGUGAGGAAGUUUGUGAUCUAAUGCAAAAGGACUACCCAGCUAAGUAUCAGGAGUACCUUGUGGUCUUACAACAAAGAGAGAGGCAGAGAAUCAAAGAGAAACACAAAGAAUACGGAAUGCAACAAGAACAACAGAAGAACAAAAUGGACUACUACAUGAAAAAGGCUAUCAAGUCAGCUGCAGACUUCAAUGCACAAUUCAUGAAAGAGAGAAGAGAGGAGAGGAAGGCAUAUUUUGACCUUCAAACAUUUUCCGUCCAUUAUCCCAAAAACAAAUUUAAAGUUUUGGAUCCAAGCGCAACUAAACCAUCAGCAUACCCGGUUGCACUAAUCCCAGGACAGUUCCAUGAAUAUUAUAAACAGUAUUCCGCAGAAGAGCUGAAGUAUCUUCCUGUGAACACUGUGGUCUAUGGCCCCCCAAAGUGUGUUAAGGCAAUGGGAGAGGGAGAGGAGGGCAUAGCCUCUGACACUGAACAGAGUGAUGCUGCCUCUGAUGGGGGCUCUGGUUCUGGGUCCAGCAGCAGUGGAAGCAGCGACUCUGAUGAAGUAGACAACAGCCAGGAGAAACAUGAGGAUGAGCUAAGACCUCCAGAUGGAGCCAAGUGUCAUGUUUGUGAUAGUGGUGCAGAAGCAAACAAAUCUGGAAAGCCCGAAGACUUAGUGAUGUGUGCAGAGUGCAAGCGAUGUGGUCACCCAAGUUGUCUGGACCUGACCGUUGAAAUGGCUCCUAUCAUCAAGACCUACCCCUGGCAGUGCAUGGAAUGCAAGACUUGUGUGGAGUGCAUGGAUCCUUACGAUGAAGACAAGAUGAUGUUUUGUGACCACUGUGAUAGAGGCUAUCACACCUUCUGUGUUGGUCUCCGUAGCAUUCCUAAUGGACGCUGGGAAUGCCCUAGCUGUUACAUACCGCCAGAGCCUGCCCCAAAGAGGAGUAGAAAAAGAUAAUGGCGCCAGCUUGCUAGAAGAGAAUAUUUAAAAUGAAACCAUCACAGAAUUCUGUUAGAAUCCAAGAAUCCAGUUAGAACUCAAUUUGCAGAACUGGAUUUGUUUUCUUGGAAAUAUCUUCUUGAGUUCAGGAUAUGUAAUAACUGAAUGUGCUUUAUAUUGUUUCUU